CCACUAGGUCGGACCCGCUUGUCGGUCAGUAGGCACGAGCGGAGCACCGAGAAGGCGAGAACUAACCGAGCAGGCGCGCAGCACAUCAUCUGCCUCACCGCCGGCGGCGGCGGCAUGGGGAUGGGCGGUCGAGGUGUGGUUGGCGACAGGUGGUCGCAGCGCGUCCUCUGGAUAUGCGCCAUCGGCAGCGCCGUGAGCCUGUACUUCGUGGCGGUGGAGAGGCAGGCGCAGAACCGCGCGCGGGCGGUCUCCGAGGGCUUCAAGGGUCUGGACGGCGCAGGCGGAGGCGGCAGCCGUGGCGGGGAGGACGUGUGACUUUCGCGGCGCCGAGGUGAAAGGGCGUGUAGAGAUGUGCCUUUCUGCUCGAAGCCUGAGACAAGUUAGAUUUCGCUUAUCUGCUGCUUGUUCACAAGAUUCAUAGAAUCGUUGCAAUAAGAAUGUACUGCUAAUUGCCCCCUGUGUUGAGAUUUAUCAAUGUUUGGGGAGCAAGAAUUGGUAUCUGACGACAUGGUUGUUUUGUAUGAAAUGUGAGUUGGAAAGUUCAGUUUA